UUCUCUUGGUUUUUCAAAUUGUGUGGGAAAUGUUGCUUUUACUUUUCAAGAAAGGAGAUCCUACUGUUGCAAAAGAUUAUGGUAGCUUGAGGGAUGUAAUGUGUCUCUCCUCCGUGUAGGUCCUAGUAUAAUUAGAUUUUAAAUAUCUAUUGAAUUUGAAGUAUUAAGAAGUAUUUUUUGGCAGACGUUUAAGGAUUGUAGGACAACAUUUAUAUUUAUGAAUAAAUAUGUUCACAUAAUAAGUGAAUAGAUUAGACCCAUUAACUAUUAACAGAUGAAUCAUUUCUUACAGUUAAAAUCAGGAUGAAUGUGCAUAACAAAUGCUUGCUUUGUUUCUUGUAACUGAUUUCUUUAGUACAGAACUUGCUAAGGCCAUCAAACCUAUCGAUAGGAAGUCAGUCCAUCAAAUUUGUUCUGGGCAAGUGGUAUUAAGUCUAAGCACUGCUGUGAAGGAGUUGGUAGAAAAUAGUGUGGAUGCCGGUGCCACUAAUAUCGAUCUUAGGCUUAAAGACUAUGGGGUGGAUCUCAUUGAAGUUUCAGACAAUGGAUGCGGGGUAGAAGAAGAAAACUUUGAAGGAUUAACUCUGAAACAUCACACUUCAAAGAUUCAAGAGUUUGCAGACCUAACUCAGGUUGAAACUUUUGGCUUUCGGGGAGAAGCUCUGAGCUCACUUUGUGCGUUGAGUGAUGUAACUAUUUCUACCUGCCACACAUCUGCAAAGGUUGGGACUCGACUGGUGUUUGAUCACAAUGGGAAAAUUGUGCAGAAAACCCCCUACCCACGACCCAGAGGGACAACAGUCAGUGUGCAGCAGUUAUUUUAUACACUACCUGUGCGCCAUAAGGAAUUUCAAAGGAAUAUCAAAAAGGAAUAUGCCAAGAUGGUCCAGGUGUUACAUGCAUACUGUAUCAUUUCAGCAGGCAUCCGUGUAAGUUGCACCAAUCAGCUUGGACAGGGAAAACGACAGCCUGUGGUAUGCACAAGUGGAAGCUCCAGCAUGAAGGAAAAUAUUGGAUCUGUGUUUGGGCAGAAGCAGUUGCAAAGCCUCAUUCCUUUUGUUCAGCAGCCGCCUAGUGACUCCGUCUGCGAAGAGUACUGUCUGAGCUGUUCUGAUGCUCUGCAUAAUCUGUUUUACGUCUCAGGUUUCAUUUCACACUGUGCUCACGGUGUUGGAAGGAGUUCCACAGACAGACAGUUUUUCUUUAUCAAUCGGCGGCCCUGUGACCUAGCAAAGGUCUCCAGACUUGUGAAUGAGAUCUACCACAUGUAUAAUCGACACCAAUAUCCAUUUGUUGUUCUUAACAUUUCUGUUGAUUCACAAUGUGUUGAUAUCAAUGUUACUCCAGAUAAAAGGCAAAUUUUAUUACAAGAGGAGAAGCUUUUGUUGGCAGUUUUAAAGACCUCUUUGAUAGGAAUGUUUGAUAAUGAUGUAAACAAACUUAAUGUCAAUCAGCAGCCAUUGCUAGAUAUAGAAGGUAACUUAAUAAAAAAGCAUGCGGCAGAAAUGGAAAAGCCUCUGCCAGAAGAGCAGGAUAAUUCCUCUUCGUUAAGGACUCAAGGGGAAGAGAAAAGGGUUGUGUCUAUUUCCAGACUGAGAGAGGCCUUUUCUCUUCGUCACACAACAGAGAACAGGUCUCAGGGCCUGGAGACUCUUAAACGAAGACAGAGUUCUCCACGACAGAAAAGGAGUGUACCGUUUUCUAGUGCUUCAGAUCCCAUCUCUGGCAGAGGCUUGCCAGGCCCUCAGCAAGAGGUGACGAGUCCCGCUAAGAGCCCUGGUGACCGUAAGUUCAGUGUGGACAUGGAGAAGGACUUGGGGCACGGCAGCACUUCAGCUGGCUCUCAGGAAGGGGUCAGCACUCCAGAAGCAGGCAGUCACUGCAGCAGUGACUGUGCAGCCAGCUCCCCAGAAUACAGGUUCUCACAGGAAAGUGUGGACUCUUGUGAGAAACUGCCCGGAACGGACCGUCAUUUUUCAGAUGUGGAAUGCAGUUUAAUCCAAGAAGAUAUUGGCUCUAAAUUUAGAGUUUUGCCUCAGCCGGCUAACCUGUCAUCCUUGAACACAAAGCGUUUUAAAAAAGAAGAAAUUCCUUCAAAUUCUGACAUUCCUCAAAAGUUGGAGAAUACUCAGAACAUGUCUGUUUCCCAGGUUGAUGUAGCUGUUAAAAUUAAUAAGAAAAUAGUGCCCCUUGACUUUUCCAUGAGUUCUUUAGCUCAGCGAAUAAAGCAGUUACAUCAUCACGAACAGCAAAAUCGGGGUGAACAGAAUUGUAGGAAAUUUAGGGCAAAGAUUUGCCCUGGAGAAAAUCAAGCAGCAGAAGAUGAACUAAGAAAAGAGAUAAGUAAAACAAUGUUUGCUGAAAUGGAAAUCAUUGGUCAGUUUAACUUGGGAUUUAUAAUAACCAAGCUGAAAGAGGAUAUUUUCAUAGUGGACCAGCACGCUACGGAUGAGAAAUACAACUUUGAGAUGCUACAACAGCACACUAGUCUGCAGGGUCAGAGACUUAUAGCACCUCAGAAUCUGAACUUAACUGCUGUCAGUGAAGCUAUUCUGAUAGAAAAUCUAGAAAUAUUCAGAAAGAAUGGCUUUGAUUUUAUUAUCGAUGAAGGCGCUCCUGUCACUGAAAGGGCUAAAUUGAUUUCCUUGCCAACUAGUAAAAACUGGACCUUUGGACCCCAGGAUAUAGACGAACUGAUAUUUAUGCUAAGUGACAGCCCUGGGGUCAUGUGCCGGCCUUCCCGAGUUAGGCAGAUGUUUGCCUCCCGAGCCUGUCGAAAGUCUGUGAUGAUUGGAACUGCUCUUAACACAAGCGAGAUGAAGAAACUCAUCACCCAUAUGGGGGAGAUGGACCACCCCUGGAACUGUCCCCAUGGAAGGCCGACCAUGAGACACAUUGCCAAUCUGGAUGUCAUUUCUCAAAACUGACAUUUCUUGCUUUAUAGAAUUAUAGAUUUUAUUGCAGA